AUGGAGCUGAAGCAAAGCCAUUCUGUGAGGCUGAAUGAUGGACACCUCAUGCCGAUGCUGGGAUUUGGCACUUAUGCUCCUGAUCAUACCCCCAAGAGCAAGGCUGGUGAAGCCACCAAAGUGGCUAUUGAUGUAGGCUUCCGUCACAUUGAUGCAGCGUUCUUCUACCAAAACGAGGAGGAGAUCGGAAAGGCCAUUCGAGAGAAGACUGCUGAUGGCGCUGUGAAGAGAGAGGACAUUUUCUGCACUACCAAGCUUUGGACAACUUUCUUUAGGCCAGAAUUAGUUCGCCCAGCCCUGGAAAGGUCACUGAAGAAACUUCAACUGGACUAUGUCGAUCUCUUCAUUAUCCACAAUCCAUUGGCUAUGAAGUCUGGGGAGGAAUUGCUGCCUAAGGAUGCCAGUGGAAACAUUAUUUUUGACACUGUGGACCUUCGUGACACAUGGGAGGCCAUGGAGAAGUGUAAGGAUGCAGGAUUGGCCAAGUCCAUCGGGGUGUCAAACUUCAACCGCAGGCAGCUGGAGAUGAUCCUCAACAAGCCAGGACUCAAGUACAAGCCCUGCAACCAGGUGGAAUGUCAUCCUUACCUCAACCAGAGCAAACUGCUGGAUUUCUGCAAGUCCAAAGACAUUGUCCUGGUUGCCCACAGUGCUCUGGGAACCCAACGACAUAAACUAUGGGUGGACCAGAACUCCCCAGCUCUUUUGGAGGACCCAGUUCUUUGCGCCUUAGCAAAGAAACACAAACGAUACCCCCUGAUUGCCCUGCGCUACCAGCUGCAGCGUGGGGUUGUGGUACUGGCCAAGAGCUACAAUGAGCAGCGGAUCAGAGAAAAUGUCCAGGUUUUUGAAUUCCAGUUGACUUCAGAGGAUAUGAAAGUUCUAGAUGGCCUAAAUAGAAAUUUUCGAUAUGUUGUCAUGGAUUUUCUUGUGGACCACCCUGAUUAUCCAUUUUUAGAUGAAUAUUAGCAUAGAGGGUGUUGCACGACAUCUAGCAGAAGGCCCUGCGUGUGGAUGGUGAUGCAGAGGAUGUCUCUAUGCUGGUGGACACAUGGCCUC